AUGUAUGUUUAUCCCAUGGAUUUUCUUCCCGCGUGUAUCGAUGAUGCAAAGUUACUCCCUACUUACACAGGCCUACAGUUGGGAGAAUAUUAUAAGGCGGACUAUACGACUGUUUCACUGGUGUUCCUUUCCCCAUUCAUCGGGUAUGCGAUCGCUGCUCUUGGGAAUAAUUGGAUACACGAUCGUUUCGGACAGCGUGGCAUUGCAUUAAUCGGGUCAGGGUUGCAUAUAAUUUCAUACCUUGCGGCUACCUCACACCCAGCCUAUCCGGUCCUGAUUGCUGUAUUCAUAGUAUCGGGGCUAGGAAAUGGAAUCUUGGAUGCCUCCUGGAAUGCAUGGAUUGGUGCCAUGCACAACAGCAGCCAGUUGAUGGGAAUCUUGCACGCAUUCUACGGACUAGGUGCGGCUCUGGCACCCAUAACGGCAACAUACCUCAUCACGGACUGCGAUUGGGAGUGGUACGAGUUCUACUAUGCAAUGGCGAUUGUAGCAGGAAUCGAAUUCCUGACCUCGGUGGCAGCCUUCUGGUCUUCGACAGGAUCGAAAUCUAAAGAUUCAGAUGCCUGUACUGAAGGAACUCUGUCAUCCGAUAGCUCAGAUAAUCUCAUGUCCAGCACACCGACAAGGAAACCCACCCUAGAGUCAUUGAGGAUUCCAUCGACUUGGGUAAUAAGUCUCUUUCUCUUUAUCUAUGUCGGAGCCGAGGUGACUGUUGGAGGAUGGGUUUUUACCUUCCUAGUUGACCUCCGAAACGUGCCUCUGUCUACUGCAGGUUUUGUGAGCUUCAGCUACUGGGGUGGACUUACGGUUGGUCGUGUGUGCCUCGGCUUCCUCACUCCAUUUUUCAACAGGCAGCGCCUGGCAGUUCUUCUUUACUUGGGUUGUUGCAUUUUCUUACACAUUACAUUCUGCAUCGUUCAUGACCUCCGCUUGCUAGUCCUUUCGGUGACCUUGCUUGGUUUCUUCCUUGGCCCUCUCUACCCCGAAGCAGUUAUUGCCCAAGCAAAGCUUCUGCCAAAGUCUCUCCAUGUUGCAGCUGUCGGCUUUGCUUGCGCUUUGGGGAGUGCCGGGGGUUCAGUAUUCCCUUUCAUUACUGGCGCGAUUGCAAAGGGUUAUGGAAUUAACGUCCUUCAGCCCAUUGUUCUUGUAAUGCUAGUUCUUUGUUUAGUUUUAUGGCUUGUACUGCCGGAAAAACGUGAACACAGCAGAAGGCAAGCAUCUCCAGUCUGA